AUGAAUCAGCGCGCCGCCAUCUUUGCUGAGAGCCGAACAUGGAUCUUUGCUGGGAGCAGAACACGGAUCUUGGCCUUGGCGCUGACAGAGAUCCUGGACGCUGCAGGAUGUGUAGUCCUGCAGAAAGGCCGGAGCAGAACACGGAUCUUUGCUGAGAGCAUAACACGGAUCUUGGUCUUGGCGCUGACAGAGAUCCUGGCCGCAGCAGCGCUGACCGCCGGCUCAGGGAGUAAACUGUGGGAGGUCCCCACAGCCUCCUUCAGCUCCCCUUCCAACCACAGUGACAGCUUACCGUGGGAGCCUUACUGCCAGUACCGCCACCCACAGGACGGCAUGACAAUCACAGCAGACGUCCCGCCCAGGCUUGAGGGCACCUGGGUGUCAACGAGAUGCGAGGUUCGGCCGGGCCCGGAGUUCCUGACCCGCUCCUACACCUUCCACUCCAGCCGUCAGUUUCGGGCCCUGCAGCACUACUACACCGACAGUCGCUGUGAGGACCCUGCCUACUCCCUGACGGUCAGAGGGAAGCUGCGUCUACGCCAGGCGUCCUGGAUUACCCACGGAGCCACCGAGGCCGAGCACAACCUCAGCAAGGUGGGCCUCGUGGUCCACAGUGCCGUGGCUAUGCAGAAGCUUGCAGCCCGCCUGCAUCCGGUCUGCGUGGGUCUGGCCCGGGGUCAAAUGGUGCCGGGGAGGCUCUAUGAACUUUACAACGCGCGGGUGGGGAGGGCCUGUCUGGGGGCUCUGGGCUUCUCCAUGAUGGAGAUGGGUCUGGUCCGGGUGGAGACCACACACCACGAACACGGAGGGAAGGUCCAGGAACUGUUUCUGGGAGACAUUCACACCGACUGGACACAGAGAACCCGCUACCGACCCACGGGGUACCAGCAGCCACUGCAGAAUGCUAUGCACCAUAUCCAUCCCUGCCCUGUGUGCGCCCUGGUGUACCGCUCCACAGAACAGCGCCCCCCGGUGUUGCCACGCGCUCCUGGACUGCCUUUAUCUUUAGAAGGUCGCUGGGUCAGCAAGCGCUGCGAAACCCGGCCCACUGUCCUCUUCCUCACCCGGGACUUCACCUUUGACCCCGACCAGCACGCCUGGGAGGGGAUCUAUCGGCACUACUCGGACCCCGCCUGCUCUCAGCCGACCUUCACCCUGCGGGCCUCUGGCCACUACGCCCAGGGAAACCCCUCCAUUAAGGUCUCCGGAGCGACUGAGUUUGUAUUUAAAGUGACCCAGGUGAGAGUCACGGCCUUGGAGGAGUCUACCGCCAAGUUGCUGAAUGGGACCAAACCAGGCAGCUGUGGCCGAGCCGGCGGCUGGGAGGUCGGGGUGGAGCAAGAUUUGACCCCGACGGAUGGCUGCACAGUGCUGGGCAUCAAGUUACCCCAUAAAGAGUACGAGCUCUUCAAAACAGAGCUGGACCGCAGGAGACUUCCGCUGCUGUUCAUCGGAGAGCGGCCGACCGACGGCACGAGCCCGGAUCGGCCUCAGAGGAGGCCCACUUCCUUUCAAGCUCCCAUGGUGCUUUGCAGCAACAGGGAGACGUCGCCCUCGUACAGUUACGGAUCAAACAGCAAGCAGGUCUGGUUUGAAGCCAGCGGGGCCAAGGAGUUAGCGCCGCUCGUGCUACUGGUUCUGGGAUCCGCUCUUCGUAGCUGGCUGUGGGCAUAUUAA